GCGCGCUGCUGUGCCGCUGUUUUGUUGGAGAUGACGCUACAACAAGGCUAUGAGCACCGAAAACUCAAAAAUCAACACAAAACUUGUCACUUUUGAAGCCUCUUAACCAGUAUUCUACCGAGCCGGGCGUUAGAAAAGCAAAUUCAGGUGAAAAUAAAAUUUUGGUGAGUGAAGUUUUCAGCCAUGGUUCCUCUAGGACCAGCUACAAAUCAUCCACCGCAACAACCAGCACCUCCAGCUGCUGCAGGGUCUGCUAAAUCAUCUAGUGCAAGUAUUAAACCAAAUUACAGUUUGAAGUUUACUCUUGCCGGACAUACAAAAGCCGUGUCAUCUGUUAAAUUCAGUCCAAAUGGUGAAUGGCUAGCCAGCUCAUCUGCUGAUAAGCUGGUAAAAAUUUGGGGGGCCUAUGAUGGAAAAUUUGAAAAGUCAAUUUCUGGUCACAAACUGGGCAUCUCUGAUGUUGCAUGGUCAAGCGACAGCAGAUUGCUUGUUAGUGCAUCUGAUGACAAAACAUUAAAGAUUUGGGAGCUUAGUUCGGGAAAAUGUUUAAAAACACUAAAAGGUCAUAGUAAUUAUGUUUUCUGCUGCAAUUUCAAUCCUCAAUCCAAUCUUAUAGUCUCUGGAUCGUUUGAUGAAAGUGUUCGAAUAUGGGAUGUAAGAACUGGAAAGUGCUUAAAGACUCUGCCGGCACAUUCUGAUCCUGUUAGUGCUGUUCAUUUCAAUAGGGAUGGAUCACUUAUUGUCUCCAGCAGUUAUGACGGCCUUUGUCGAAUAUGGGAUACAGCUUCUGGCCAAUGCUUGAAAACUUUGAUAGAUGAUGACAAUCCACCAGUCUCAUUUGUUAAAUUUUCUCCUAAUGGAAAAUAUAUUCUGGCUGCAACACUUGAUAAUACUCUUAAGCUUUGGGAUUAUUCAAAAGGAAAGUGUCUGAAAACUUACACUGGACAUCGCAAUGAAAAGUACUGUAUAUUUGCUAAUUUCUCAGUCACAGGAGGAAAGUGGAUUGUAUCUGGCUCUGAAGAUAAUAUGGUAUACAUUUGGAAUCUUCAAACAAAAGAAGUUGUUCAGAAACUCCAGGGUCAUACAGAUACUGUAUUGUGUACGACUUGUCAUCCAACUGAGAACAUAAUUGCAUCAGCAGCUCUUGAGAGCGAUAAAACAAUCAAGUUGUGGAAAAGUGAUACUUAAAACAUUAAGGCUAUGCUAUGACUUCCUUCAUUUCUUGUGUUGCUCUUCUCCUAUUUACUUAUUUUGAGACUGAUGAAAACAUCAACACUUGCAAGCCUUUUUGAAAUUAUAGCUUUUUAUUUCUUUAUUUUUACUCCGUGAAUGACUCAUAUUAACAGACCAUUUUGGUUUUCAGAUUAAAGCCAUUUGUAAUAAUAGGAAAAAUGUCUUAUUUCUAGUUCUUUUCCCACUAGAUUUCUAUUUCUCUUGUUUAUAAAUUUUUAGCUGUUACACAAAAUACUUAUCACACCUCCCUAAAACUGCUAUGGUUAAAUGUAUGGGGAGGCAUGGUGAGUUACUUCCUUUUGUUCCUUUUGUAAAUAUAAUUGUACUGUGACUUCUCUUUUGUACAUAAUUUAAUAUGUAAUGUAUUUUGUAUUUAAGUGUAUAGUAAGUCUUGCUCUGCCAACUGCUCAAAUCUGUUUUGAGUGUGUUUUUCAGUUAAGGUUAAUUAUAAGUUCAACUCUCUUGAAAUGAAAGUAGAUCUUCAUUUUCAAAGUUUUUGUUACAUUCUCUUAUGUUGCCACAACUAAUUUGUGUUUCACCAAUGUGCUGCCAAUGGGAAACUAUGCCCAACCAGUGAUGUCAACAUACAUAUUCUGUAAGCCUGAGUAAAAAAAGAGCCAGCUUUUGA